UAUAAGCGUAUGGUUGAUUCAGAUGUUCAACAAAUAUGGCAGCUCGAUUACUCGGGAGAGAUGCCGGUAUGCCUAUCGUCCGCCAAUUAUUCGGGGCUACAUCCACCAAACAUGUCAUUCAGGCUGUUCGUUUUGGAAAGUUUAAAGUAAGUAUCCAUGGUCACCAGUUUAAACAUGCCAGAACACUUUCAACCACAUUACAAGUCCGUGGCACAGAUGGAAAGCUUGGAGUCGAAAAGAAAAAUGACACAAAACCACCUGUUACUACUGCAGAAAGCAAAAAGGCAGAAGUCACCCCAAAAGCAGAUAAGAAAGAUGACACACUUUCACCAAUACCUUCUACUGACUUAGUACCUAAACAAGUGCCAUUGAAAACUGUAUUGGCUAUAAGAGAGCGCGAAGCUGAAGAGGAGUACUCGACAUACAGAGAAAAGUAUAUUCCCAUCACACGGACAUCCAUUGUACGUCACAUUCUGCAGGAAAACAUGCUAAAUGAUGAGGAAAAGAAGAUUUUUGAGGAUUUUGCCAUGUGCCUCGACAAGUCAAUCCGCAACAAAUAUCAUGGUGUUCUACAACAGGCAAAGGAGAUGUUUGACCCCCUGAACCCUGACAAGGACACUAUCCAGACACGCAAAUGGACCAAAAAUGAACGUGUAGAUAAUGAAUUCUGGUUGAUGCAGCGACUGGAAAAAAUCAUGGAGAAGGCUAAUUUCCACGAGCUGCCAAAGUCUGUCCUUGCUAAGGCCAUGGAGGAACAUGAAGUGGGAGUUGGAGUCAGGGUAAGCCAUGACUCCUCCAAGUUUGAUGUGCUUCGUAUCUGGGCACUUGGAAAGACAUUACCCAAGGAGAAACCACCUUUAUAUCUACAAGCUUGGUACUACAUGUUUCCAAGUCAGAUUCCAGGACCCUUGGAGAGCUUAUACUACAAACGUAUAGCCCUCGCCAUGAGGCUGAGAAAGGAUCAGAAACUUGUACUCAAAGGCUUCAAAGAUGUACCCAAAAAUUCUAUAGAAAUGCUGAUGCCUGAUGUUAAAAUACGAAUGACAAAGUACGAUAAAUUAUGGCUGGGUAGUUCAGUCACCAUGUUUGCCAUAAGUCUGCUGAUGAAGGCCUCGCCCUUCUUGUCAGGCGCGCAAAACUGGACACUAGGAUUGGCCGGUAUGACGUUAGCUGUAAGUGGGACAUUGUAUUUCAGGUAUCAGAACCGAAAAAAUGCCUACCUGGCUGAACUCUUCGAGAUGUUGUACAGUAAUAACAUAGCAAACAACCGCGGCCUCCUCACGCUAGUGGUUGACCGGGCUGAAGACGAAAGCUUCAAGGAGGCUCUGCUUACAUAUACUUUUCUCCUGGCCAACCGUCCAGAUGCAGUGAAAAAUAAGUCCAUGGCCAACAUGGCUCCAGAGGAACUAGGAGGACUGACCCAGGCCGAGCUGAAGAGCAAGUUGGAGAAAUGGAUCUCGAGUAAAACCGAAGUGAAUGCUGAAUUUGAUCCACUGGAAGCCUUGUCACUGCUGAGUAAUUACGGGAUAGUCCAACAGAAGGGAAAUAAACUCCAUGUUGUUUCCUUGGCAGCGGCCAUCCGCAGCAUGCCACAACGCCCCGAAACUCUACUGAUGCGGGAAUUGGAGGCAGACCGCGUGGAAGACCAUGACGACGAGAAAUUUACGUGAUGUUUUUUAAUGGUAAAAGGUUAUUUAUAUAUAGGAAUAACAAAUUUAACGUUUUAAGAAGGUCAUCAAUUGUCCUUCGACUCAAACAACCUAUGUGAUAUUUGAAACCACUUUCACAGUGAGAGGUUUCUGUGUAGAUUGUGGAACAUUUGGCAAUAAGUGAAGAAUAGUUAAUUUGGUUCCAAUGACAGCAAGAAAAUAGUGUUUUAAAUCAUCAGAGACAUCAGUUGCUGAGGAUAUCAAAGAUAUUAAAACGUUGUCUUCUAUUCCUGUGUGAAAUCAAAACAAGCGCUGGCAUUGGACCCAACUUUUGACACCAGUCACUGUGUGUGUCUGUCUGUAUGACCUCAAACUUUUAUAAACUUCUUCCAUAUACAAUUCCUGCUGGAAAAUAUGUUUAAUCAAUCAUAGUUUGAAAAAUGAAUUGUUAAGAAUUGGGAAGUGCUGUUAUGUACCUGUUUGUAAAUUGUAAAUUCAAUUAAGGAUAUAUAUAUGUCCUAACGAUAAGGACUGUUUCCUUUUGGACUUAUUAAGGUUCAGUCGCGUUUUAAAUAAAUCAUGUAUAUUUGAAACAACCAGUGAGGGAUGUUGUGCAGUUGUGCCACGUCUGUGUUUUAAGUGACGUUAUUAGGUUGAUAAACUGUGUGCUUGUCUGCUGAGGAUGUUAAUUUGCAUUACACAAGAAUUUUGACUGGUCUUUGAAUUCUUUUUCUGACCAUAUUAUACUUUAAGUGUGAAACUGUAUCGUUAUAUAUCACUGCUGAUCAUUGGAAAACAUAAAAGAUAAGUUUUAUUGUGGCUUAACCAGUCAUAGCAUCUUAAAUCAUUCUUAGCUCAUAACUUCGGGCAUUUUAUGUACUGAAGCUUUCCCUAUGGAGAAAAAUUAUCCUAAGGUAAUAUUUAAAGUUAUUAGUUCUGUGAAAACGAAACCUGGCCUUCAUAAGCUACUUGUGAAUACUAAAUAAAUGUAAGUUGGUAGAAUUUCACAUAUAUAGAAUCCUAUGAGUCAAGAGUAUUAUUGUUUCCAACCCUGCCAUUGCAUUUUUCCAAAUCAUUUACAUUUUUAAUAGCACCAAAACGAAACUUCAGGGGCAAAACUUUUUUUUUUAAAGCACUUGCCAAGAGCAAGAAGACUUCAGAAAAUAAUAUUUCUAAUGUAAAUGUUGCAUUUGCCAGGACCAGCAAAUCUAAAUUUUGUACUUUUGGUUGUCCUGGGCAUCAGCUAGUGGGUUUUACACACCUGUACAUACCCUGGAAAGGUGGUUUUGGGUCUCAUUUGUACAUGUAUUUGGUAUGAAGACACUUGUCCCUGAAAUGGACUAGAUAAAACUUGGUUCAGUGACACAGUUCACACUGGAAUUAUUUCUGAAAUAUUGACCCCCCCCCCCCCCCAAAUAUUUGUGUGAAGAAAUUGUGUGUUGUGGAAGAUUAGUAGAGAACUCCUUUCUCUGUCAAGCUAUCCCUAAACUUUCUAGUUUGUACAUCUUUAAACAGUGACAAGUAGGGGAGCUAACUCUGACAAAUACAAUUGGUAGUACCAGAUAUAACAGGAGCCGCAAUAUAAUAUAGAUGUUGGGCAUUUUAUGCUUUGACUCAUGAAUGCCUUGUGGUAAACUGCUCGAGUUUUCAAUGACAUAGCCUAGCUUGUGGUGAAAUAUACAUUGGUACUUAUGAGUAGUUGUAUGAUUUUAUACAGCAUUUCUUAUAUUUUAUCUCAACUCUUGGAAUCAAUGAUGAGCUGAAUAGAGUUGACAGAUUUAAUAAAAUUAAGAAAUUUUG